GAACGAACGAGGCAGUUAGCGCGCGUCCCUGCCCCGGCGUGACAGUUGCUUUUCUCGUCCGGUCCCCGUCGUAUCGCGGUGGUGGUCCGUCACCCGUUCCAUAUAAUAUACUUUUGCAUUACAUUACACUUCUAUGUAAUUAUUACAACUGCGAUAUUCUGUGAAUCUUAAAUCACAGCAUUGAACACUUCGAUCGAUCCGAGCUACAAUAAAAGUUUGCGUCCGUGUUCACGGUCGUCGCGAGAUAUUUUUGAUUUUAUUUUUGUAAAUUGUUUGGUGGUGGCUGUGAUUUACGGUUUUUUUUUAAAUCGAAUCCGACUCGUAUCUGCGUAAUAACUAACAUUUUUAGUAUAAAACCGUUCAUCGGUUUGGUUUUUAUACUCAGCGGACGUCAGCAAACGGAUUAUUUUCCAACUCUCGUCUCUCGGGUGCUGAGACCCCGAAGUAAUCAUGAUUAAAGUGGAUGAAUCGGAUCCAAUAGGAGAACUAGAACCUAGUUUUCCGUUCAAAGAUAUUACAAUUCGUAGAGGAGUAGAUAUGAAAGAACACUAUGAACUACAAUCUGAAAUUGGACGGGGGAAGUUCGGUACGGUGUUCAAAUGUCGAGAAAAGGCUACGAGUCUUAUGUUGGCUGCUAAAUUCGUCGGAAUUGUUCAUAAACAAGAUCGCCGAAAUGUGGAAAGAGAAGUAGAAAUAAUGUGUGAACUUCAACAUCCCAGAUUGAUACAACUUUACGACGCUUUUGAAGCAAAUAAUGCAAUGUGCUUCAUUUUAGAACUAGUCGAGGGAGGUGAAUUAUUCGAACGAGUAAUUGGUGAUGAUUUUGUAUUGACCGAAAAAGCUGUAACGAUAUUUAUGCGACAGAUCUGUGAGGGAGUACAAUUUAUUCACUCUAAAAAUAUACUCCAUCUUGACCUCAAGCCAGAAAACAUUCUAUGCUUAACUAAGACUGGAAAUCGUAUAAAAAUCAUUGAUUUCGGAUUGGCCAGAAAAUUCAAUCCAGAAAAUAAACUUCAAGUGUUAUUUGGCACACCAGAAUUUGUAGCGCCAGAGGUAGUAAACUUCGAUGCUAUCGGAUUCGGAACAGACAUGUGGUCUGUAGGGGUAAUAUGUUAUGUCUUGUUAUCGGGUCUGUCACCUUUUAUGGGAGAAACCGACGUGGAAACUAUGUCCAACGUAACAAUUGCUCAAUAUGAUUUUGAUGAUGAAGCAUUUGAUUCCAUAUCUAACGACGCAAAGGAUUUCAUCAAAAAGCUUCUUGUCAAAGAUCACAAGAGCCGUCUGACUGCCACCGAGUGUUUAUCGCACCGAUGGAUGCAAAAGAAAAAACCAAAAAAAAUGGUACGAAAAAGUUCGAGCAAAAAAUUGGUGAAACAAAUUGAAGAGAAAACGAAACAGACGCCGGAUGUGAUGGAGACUGCAAUAUGCACCGGUCAAGAUGCGAUACUAUUUCCACUGGAUGUUUCCAAAGAGAACUUAAAAGAGUUGUGUAGCAAGUCACGUAGCCAAUCGCCGUUGGAGAUCGCUACAGUAUCGCCGACUUUGGCGCAGCUCAGAAUUCUGCAAAAGGAUAGUAAAACGUCAAAGACGUGCGGAAACGACGAUGAUAACAUGCCAACACCAGCCGAAAUUUCCACUGGUAAAUCUAGGGUGAUGGCGGCCAUACCACUGAACACAACCGCCACGACUUCUGGCGUAUCGCUGAAUACGGCAGUCACGACAUCCGGCGUACCUCAACAUACGGCCGCCACGACUCCCAGCGUACCUCAACAUACGGCUGCCAUGACUCCCGGCGUACCGCAACACACGGCCGCCACGACUUCCGGCUCGUCUACAGGUGUGGCCGUCGACACGACACCCGAGGUGGUUAUCGUGAAGGGAGUGGCGGACCGACAGCGGACGUCAACGACCACUUGGUCGCAGACGACUUUUCGAACGAUGACGGACAAUGCAAACUGUAGCAAUAAUUAUCGGCGUGCGUCGGACGUGUCGUACACGUUUUCAAACUUCCGGACGUCAUCGGCGGCGGCGUCGUCGUCCAAUUUCCUGGGACAGGAGCUGCGAGACUUGCAGACCAUGAUGUUGGGAGACCGGUCGGAAGCACUGCAACAGGACAGUAGCGCGGGCAACCCCGGGAGCAGCCUGCACAAGCUGCUACUUAACCGGCAGCACCUGACUGCAGCCGUUGCGGACCGGAAACCCAAGUUCAAAUUCUCGUCGAUGAACCGUGACGUGCCGACUGGGUCCCCGCCGCCUGUUAGCAACCUGUUGUACUACAUGACUGCGGCGGCGGCUGCGGCGUCGUCGUCGUCGUCGUCGUCGUCGGCGUGUCGUUCCGCGCCUCACAGUAAGCGCGCAUCCCCCGAACACGAGUCCACCUCCGCCAGAGAGAUGUUGCUCAAAUUGUUCUACGGCGGCAGCGACACUGUUGCCGAACCCAAUUUGUCAACUUGAUAUGCCACCCCACGCAAAUAAAUCUACGACAUGUAUUCUAUCUAUUUAUAUCUAUUACAUCUUAUAUUUCUGCGGGCGUGAGUGCGAGUUCCCGCUCUGCAUCCUUAUAACAACAUCCCCUCGGCACUUAUAAUAUAUAUACUGGGAAACCGACUACUCUGCGGGUCAUCAAUCACCACCAUAUGGGAAAAUUAUUUAAAGUAUUUUUUAUAUAAUAUAUUUAACGAUGUAUAUUAUAAUGUGUAUAAUACCACAGACUACAUGACUACUUUUCAUAUAGUCUGUCGUCUGUGAUACUUCUAUAAUAUAUUAUAUAUAAUUGAUAGUAUACUCUCGUUUAAACUUUAAAGCACUAGCAAAGCUGUACUUCCGACUAUGGUGGAUUUUGUCAUAUAAAUAGACGGACCACAAGCUAUUUACUCAAAUUUAUAGUUACCAUUUUUUUUUUUA